AUGUCAGAUGCCAGGUACGAAAUUGCAAUUCAGAUCGCGGUAGCCGGGGCAUCUGAAUUUCGAUUUUUGGACGGCGCAGCGAUAAAGCUGUUUCCUUGCUUGAGCAUUGCGAAGCAACCUUUUAGGUCUUGCUGGAGUUGCCCAUACUCUGCGGUUAAGCCGCUUUUUAUGUCCACGGCUUUGUUGAAGUUGACAGCUCUACCAGAGGUACUGGUGGUACGCGGAACGAGACCGGAGUUUGGGGAGAUGAAACUUGGAAUUGCCAGUGACGGCCCUGGGAGACACGGAGACAGGGAUUCACGACCGCCGUGGCACCGUGAUUUUUCCCGCAACCGUGAUUUUUCCCGCCGCGACGAUAGCCGCGACAGCAGGGCACCAAGCCGAGGUCGCUCGAGGCAUCGGGACUAUGACAAUGACUACGAUAUCAAGGAGGAAGAGUUGUCAGAGGACUACGAGGAAAGUGUCGUUCCAUCCCCUUCUCCUAUGGAGCGAGAAGAAGUCAAAUCGGAGUCCCCGCGUUCGCGUCGCGCUUCGCGUACGCGAAUGGACCGAGAAGAGGAGAUGAAGGAUACAAGAGCGAAGAUCGAAGAAUUGCGACGCAAACUGCAAGAGCAGCAGCGCGCCAACGGAGGUCACUCGUUCACGAUGGAACCCUUACGGGACGGAAAUGCCUCCGUGCAGGUCCAUCAGAUGCCCAAUGGGCAGAGUUUGGUGGUGGAUUUCUGGGCAGACACUGUAGACACCAAAGAAAAGAGACUGUCCGACUUCACGUUGAUCUAUUGUGGUACAGCGCAGUGGUUUGACCCCGCAGUCCGCAAUCACAGCAAUCGAGAAAUUUGGGACUGGAUCAAAGACGAGCAGAACGGCGUGCUCAUGACGCUGAUGGAAAGAGGGGCCAAGGUCCGGUUCCUGAUUGUUGGAAAGAAAUCCUUGCCAGACGACGAACUGGACGUCAUCGUGGCUUUCCUGGCGUCCUCCAAAACCGGCCGUGUGGCGGCGCUGGGCAGCAGCGCCGGAGGGAUGUUGGCGCUGAGACUCCUUAAGGCAGGCGUCAAGCUGGUGGCAUCCGUAUCACCUGCGCCACUGGGGCAGAGUGAAUGGGAAGAGGUGGCUCACUUCAGUACUGCCUUGGCCGCGACAUUGCAGCGAUCUCGAGAGAAGAAGCUUUAUUUGAUCUGGGGCUCCGAGGACAAAACGCAGGAACAUUUGCGCUCCCUGCAACAGAGCUCUGCGGUCCAGUCGAAAGAGAUACCGCACAAGGGCCACAUCGGCAUUCUCAGCACAAGUCUCUUUGAGGAGAUCAUAUGGAUGCUCGUGAAGGGCGAUGAGACAUCGCAGGCGCAAGCAGAGCCUGUGCCGAACUUCCCUGAAGAUGCGGAGACAGGCAGCACACCACGACCGCCGCCCAGGGAUCCGCGAGCACCAGCCCGAGCCGGCAGAAGGGAAGGGAUCUUGCUAAGAGUCUCACGGAAGUCCUCGACGCCCAUUGGAGAGCUGUAUGAUGUGAACACCAGGGAAAAGUUUGAGUUCGAAUACUUCAACGAGAUCGGGGAUCUGCACGUGGGCGAGAAGUACAUGUUCUCCGUAGCUGAAGGCAACGCGGUGAAUGUGGUGGCUGCGCAGAAGCGUGAAUUCACAGUUCCCAAGCCACCCGAAUCCACGAUCUUCAAGGCGAAGCAGUUCUUGUGGAGAGGAGCAUUGCGGGAUGGUGAUGAGGAAACUAUGACGCACAGCAGCAUGCGAGGAUUCCGCGAUCCCCACACGCGGAGUGGAAAGUUCAGCUUCUGGGACGACCAGCAGAGCCGGUGGCAGUUGGCAGACGCGAUUGCCACAUGCCACCAGGCAUACAUUGCGGAUCAACACGCCAGCAGCGAGUUGAAACUGUUCCUGUGUGAGCACCCCACAAAGGUACAGGCCUUCGUCGAGGACAUCGACAUUCUCGGAGGUCAAACUGGCGGCACCCCGGAGAUCAUGAAACGUUCAGAUUCGCUGGAGUAUGAUUUCGAGCUUUUGAAAUAUCGCGCCAAAGAACUGAAGAAAGUCUUUCCUACAGCGCAGAUGAGGGUGGCCGUCUAUCAGGCCAGCGGAUUCUACACUGGAUCCGGAAGCUUCAAAGAAAGCUAUCACUUGGUUUGGCCAUGUAUUCUGGUGACAAAAGAGCAAGCUGCAGCCGCCAGGAUUCACACAGUGAAGAGGUUUGAAAAGUUGAGUCGGGAUAAGGAUCACCGAUUGUCGCGGCUGAUGGCAAAGAUUCACGCAUGCUGCGACAAGAACGCGUGGGCAACGGUCUUUGAUGAGACGACCACCAGGCCAUCGGUUGGUGCGAGGAUGCCGUUCUGCGACAAACGAUCAAAGCACUUUGGGUCCGGUGAUUGGGUGGAUGAGAACAGAAAGGUGCUUCCCGUCGCAGAGCUCGAAUUUGAUGAUUUCGGUGAUGACGGUGAUGACGAAGUUCUCCCGAGCGUUCGCAUUGUGCACCGGCCGGAGGACAAAACAACCUCUGAAUGGAUCUAUAGAGGGAUGUGCAGGAGAUCUGAGGAGGAACAGGAAGAUCAGACGUACUGCGCUGCGGCACUACCACCGAAACCGAAGAAGGUCCAUCGCUUGCCGGGCAGCGGCAGCGGCUCUGGUCGCGGGCCACCAGGGCCACCAGGUGGGUACGGGCCACAUGGAAAAGGUGGCGGCAAAGGUGGAGGAAAAGGAGGAUGGAAGGGCGGCAAAGGACAUGGAAAGCCUUGGCAAGGCCACGAGGAAAGUCAAGGAGAUGACCAAGGAGGCCGAUCGCGCACUCCACCACUGAAGGAACGCAGAUUCUUCUCAGGCACAACGAGUCAAUUUCUGGACGGCAUCCGGGCGAACACCAGCUGCCACUUUGAGAAGACACUGGGCGAUGCAGUGGCCGGAUGCCCUCACGUUCUCUUCCAGCCGGAUCCCCCCACUUGGUAG